AUGUUAUUAAAAAUUCCAUUGCUUACGCAAGUGGCGUUGGAAAAUAAGUAUACCAGUUCAGAGGCGGUCCCCGCCUCUGGUUAUCCCCUUCGCUCAUUUGCGUGGACCGUGCUACUGCGCCUGCUCUCCGGCGACACCCGCCGUUGGCUAACACUGGCUGAAGUGCGCACGGUCGCCCAGGGAACCCCUUUCCUAGUAGCGAGGUUCUGCUGAGUACCGGCUUGCAGCUGUCUCCCGAGACGUCAACGCGCCACACUUGGGGGCGGCGUCCAGUACUCAGAACGUCCCAGAGAAGCUCUCGAGCUGCGUCCUCCCAUCCUAGGAGAUGCAGCAAAGCUCCUCGAGGUGCGGGCUAAUGGCCUCCGUAGUGGGGUGGAAAGGAUAAAUCCAAGGAGAAAAGAACAGGAAACUCGGCGCAGCUUGCCCUGAGUAGCAAAUCAUUCUGGUCCAUGCAUUAGCAGGCAGCCCAAACUGUGACCCUGAGGCGGGCCCAAGAUUCGGAGCUGCCCCGGGUGGUACCGACUGUCUUCGGCUCUUUCCGCGGCCAGCCGCCAGUCGUUUCGGGAAGCAUCAGAGGCGCGGCGCUCUCCCUCAACUGCUUCUACUUUCUUUGAGCGGUGUUGUCCUGGCAACACGGAGACUCUUGAAGCUUGUUUUAUAAAAGAAAGGGUUUCCUCCCUGACCAGAUCUGUACCUCAUCAUGGCACUGUAUUUUGACCACCGAAUCAAAGCCCCGGAUUCAUCCAGAUCUCCCUCUCACAUUAGCUGGCACCCCACCCACCCAUUCCUGGCAGUAGCAUCUGAAAGCCCGGCUGCUGCAGGCAAUGUAGACAUCUACCUUGAACAAGGUGAGCCUGUGCCUGACACCCACAUUGAGAAGUCCUUCCGGGUCACUUCACUGUGCUGGCACCCAACAAGGCUUAUCUUGGCUAUUGGCUGGGAGACUGGAGAAGUGAUGAUGUUUAAUAAGCAAGACAAGGAGCAGCACACAGUGCCCCUGCCGCAUACUACUGACAUUGCCAUCCUCAGUUGGAGUACCAGCGGGAGCUGCCUGGUAUCUGGAGAUAAGCUUGGAGUCCUGCUCUUGUGGAGACUGGACCAGCGGGGCCGAGUACAAGGGACACCACUCCUGAAACAUGAAUACGGGAAACCACUCACCCAUUGCAUCUUCCGGCAGCCCCCUCCAGGAGAGGAUCUGGUUCAGUUGGCAAAGGCAGCAGUAAGUGGUGAUGAGAAAGCCCUGGACAUGUUUAACUGGAGAAAAAGCAGCUUUGGAAGUUUCCUGAAGACAGGCUCUCAGGAGGGACUGUCUUUUUUUGUCAGUCUGAUGGAUGGGACGGUGCACUAUGUGGAUGAAAAAGGCAAGACUGCCCAGGUGGCAUCCACAGAUAGCGCCAUCCAGAUGCUGUUCUACAUUGAGAAGAGAGAAUCUCUGGUGGUGGUGACACAGAACCUCCUCCUGUCUCUGUAUGUGGUGACUCCUAACGGGGAGGCGGAAGAAGUGAUGAAGGUAAAGCUGAGUGGGAAAACAGGCCACCGGGCAGACAUCACUUUGAUAGAGGGCAGCCUUCUUGUUACGGCCGUCGGAGAACCGGUGCUCAGAUUCUGGGACUUAGAGCGAGGGGAGAAUUACAUACUGAGCCCACAGGAGAAGUUUGGCUUUGAAAAAGGAGAGAAUAUAAACUGUGUUUGUUUCUGUAAAGCCAAAGGUCUCCUGGCAGCUGGGACCAAUAAAGGGCGAGUAGCUUUGUGGAAAAAAAUGCCAAAGUACCCAUGUGGCAGAGCGCUGGAGGGCAAGGACAUGUGGACCCUUCAAACACCGACUGAGCUGGAAGGAAACAUCACACAGAUACAGUGGGGCUCCAGGAAGAACCUUCUGGCAGUGAGCAGCGCCGACUCCGUGUCCAUCCUCAGUGAGCAAGCCAUGUCGUCGCACUUCCACCAGCAAGUAGCUGCCGUGCAGAUCUCCCCAAGCUUAGUCAACGUGUCCUUCCUGUCCACGGGAAGCACACACAGCCUGCGCACUGACAUGCACAUCAGUGGAGUAUUCGCCACCAAGGAUGCUGUGGCCGUCUGGAAUGGAAAACAGGUAGCGGUCUUUGAACCUUCCGGAUCUACCUUAAGGAAUGCAGGGACGUUCCUGUGUGAGACAUCAGUGUUAGCAAUGCACGAGGAAAACAUUUAUACAGUGGAGCCGAACCGAAUUCAAGUGCGGACCUGGCAGGGAACUGUCAAACAACUUCUGCUGUUCUCUGAGACCGAGGGGAGCCCCUGCUUCCUAGAUGUCUGUGGAACUUUCCUGGUGGCAGGGACAGAUUUAGCUCACUUUAAAAGUUUUGAUCUUUCCAGAAGGGAAGCAAAAGUGCACUGCAGCUGCAAGAACCUGGCUCAACUGAUCCCUUAUGUGGGGAACAUCACUUCUCUGAGAUGCAAUGCCAACGGGAACAAGAUUAGCAUCCUCCUUAGCAAGGUUGACAACAGCCCUGAUUCCAAAAUCUACAUCUAUGAUGUUGAAAUGGACACAGUGAAUGUCUUCAACUUCAAGACUGGAGAGAUUGGACAGAUGCAGACACUGCCCUUCAAUGAGCCGGAGACCAAUGAGACCCACAUGUUUAUGCAUGAGAGACUAGCAAAUUACGUUCCUGUGAACCAUUUCUGGGAUCAGAGUGAGCCCAGGCUCUUCGUGUGUGAGGCCUUGCAGGAAUCACCUGGAGCCCAGCCACAGACUGUAGACAAGCAGCCCCACAUGGAGGACACAUGCCCCAAGGAAGAUGUUUUGAUUCUGUCAUUCUUCGCUUCUGAAGAGCAUGGCUUCUUACUCCAUGACUGCUUCCCCCGGCCUCCUAUCUACCAGAACCUUCUUGGAAUGGAAGUGCCUCAUUAUUACUUCACAAAAAAGUUGCUCUUCCACAGAAGAGGCAUAUAUGGUGCCGUCCCUGGAGAAAUAGAGAAAGAAGAGAGGGUGGAUUCUGGCCACUACCACAUCCCUCAGAUGGUAGCCAAGAGACCCCUACGAGACUUUGUGGGGCUGGAGGACUGUGACAAGCCUACUCGGGAUGCCAUGCUCAACUUCAGCUUCUUUGUCACCAUUGGGGACAUGGAUGAAGCUUUCAAAUCUAUCAAACUCAUCAAAAGUGAGACUGUCUGGGAGAACAUGGCACGCAUGUGUGUGAAGACUCAGAGGCUGGAUGUCGCUAAGGUGUGCUUAGGGAACAUGGGCCAUGCCCGUGGGGCCCGAGCACUACGGGAAGCUGAGCGGGAGCCAGAACUGGAAGCCAGAGUGGCCAUGCUGGCCAUACAGCUGGGCAUGCUGGAGGAGGCUGAACAACUCUACAAGAAGUGCAAGCGCUAUGACCUCCUGAACAAGCUCUACCAGGCCUCAGAUCAGUGGCAGAGAGCAGUGGAGGUGGCUGAGCUCCACGACCGUGUCCACUUGCGCACCACUUACUACAACUAUGCCAAGCACCUGGAAGCCAGUGCAGACUGUGGCCUGGCCCUCAGUUACUAUGAGAAGUCCGACACCCACCGAUUUGAGGUACCCAGGAUGCUGUCAGAAGAUCUACAAUCACUGGAGCUCUACAUCAACAGGAUGAAGGACAAGACCCUGUGGAGGUGGUGGGCCCAGUACCUUGAGAGCCAGGCCGAGAUGGACACUGCCUUGCGCUACUACGAGCUGGCACAAGACUACUUCUCCCUGGUCCGGAUCCAUUGCUUCCAAGGCAACAUUCAGAAGGCUGCUGAAAUAGCCAACGAGACUGGGGACUGGGCUGCAUCCUACCACCUUGCCCGGCAGUACGAGAGCCAGGAUGAGGUGAAACAGGCGGUGCACUUCUACACGCGGGCACAGGCUUUCAACAACGCCAUCCGCCUGUGCAAGGAGAAUGGCUUAGAUGACCAGCUCAUGAACUUGGCCCUGUUGAGCUCCCCAGAGGACAUGAUUGAGGCAGCCCGGUAUUACGAGGAGAAGGGCGAGCAGAUGGACAGGGCUGUCAUGCUCUAUCACAAGGCUGGACACUUUUCCAAGGCCCUGGAGUUAGCCUUCACCACCCAGCAGUUUGCAGCCCUACAGCUCAUAGCAGAGGACCUGGAUGAGAAGUCGGAUCCUGCUCUCCUAGCCCGCUGCUCAGACUUCUGCAUUGAGCACAGGCAGUUUGAAAAGGCUGUAGAACUUCUGCUGGCUGCCAAGAAGUAUCAUGAAGCGCUGCAGCUGUGCCUGGAACAGAACAUGACCAUCACUGAGGAGAUGGCAGAGAAGAUGACCGUGUCCAAGGACUCCAAGGACCUGUCUGAGGAGUCGCGGCGCGAGCUGCUAGAACAAAUUGCGAACUGCUGUAUGCGCCAGGGCAACUAUCACCUGGCCACCAAGAAAUACACGCAGGCUGGGAACAAGUUGAAAGCCAUGAGAGCACUGCUCAAAUCUGGAGACACGGAGAAAAUUGUGUUCUUUGCCGGCGUCUCAAGACAGAAGGAAAUCUAUAUCAUGGCAGCCAAUUACCUACAGUCCUUGGACUGGCGGAAGGAACCAGAGAUCAUGAAGAAUAUCAUCAGCUUCUAUACAAAAGGGCGGGCCUUAGACCUCCUGGCUGGCUUCUAUGAUGCCUGUGCCCAGGUGGAGAUUGAUGAAUACCAGAACUAUGACAAGGCUCACGGGGCACUGACUGAGGCCUAUAAGUGUCUGUCCAAAGCCAAGGCCAAGAGCCCGCUGGAUCAGGAGACCAAGCUAGCCCAGCUACAAAGCAAGAUGACCCUAGUGAAGCGGUUCAUCCAGGCCCGAAGGACAUACACAGAGGACCCCAAAGAGUCCAUCAGACAGUGUGAGCUGCUCCUCGAAGAGCCAGACCUGGACAGCACCAUCCGCAUUGGGGACGUGUAUGGCUUCCUGGUGGAGCACCAUGUACAGAUGGAGGAAUACCAAAUGGCCUAUAAGUAUCUCGAGGAGAUGAGGAAAAGGCUGCCAUCAGCCAACAUAUCAUACUACGUGGACCAGCGCACCGUAGACACCGUGCAUCAGGGCCUGGGCCUCCCAAUAUCCCGCAUCAUCCCUGAGCGGGUCCGCCACAACAGCAUGGAGGAUCACAAGGAUGUGUAUGAAGAGGUGAUGGAAGAGGUGGAGAAUGAUGCCUGAUAGCCUGCGGUCCUGCUGCUGGGAGGAGCCACCGGAAAGGCAGCUUUUUGGUUUUUUGUUUAUAUUGUUGUUAAAUUCUGCACUGUCAUGUAUAAGCAGCGCAGUGGGACGUGGAGUCCAGAGUCCAGCCGCUGUGGCCCACAAUAUGCAGCUCUGGCUUGCCUCAGUUCUGUACUUAGAAGAAAGAUCACAUUUGCGGUUUAAGUCAUUCCUUCAGCAUUCCUGCCUCUAGGCACCUGGCAGCUCCAGUGGGGUUUUGGUUCACUUCCUAUUAAAGGGAAGUUUCACUUUUCCCAUGUUUACCCAACAAAAGACUCAGAAACUUCUAGAUCUAGAACUCUGAACCAAGCUGCCCUU